AUGCUCUUCGAGACCCUCAUUCUUACGGUCCUCCUGCACGGAGCGGGCUCAUGGGGGACGCUCAAGAGUUCAGAAGUUGCCAUUUUGUCGGCGGCAUACCAUGGUAUGGCCUGCUACAUGCUCCGACCGCAGUUCACGUAUGAGCAAGCUAUGCAUCUUAGCCGCAGUCGUGUACUGGCCCUUCUGGGUCUUCCGUCCAUCCCGACGCUUCUUCAUGUGGCCAGGUUGCGGCACCUUCUCUCUUGUUUGGCUACCGGUGUUCCUGUCAUGUGGGCCAUCUUGCACUGGCACGGGCACUGGCUGGAUUCUGCUCGUUCCUCGAUUGCCUGGCUUUGGGAACAUACCGACCAUGGAGCCUCAACGAGUUGCUGGCGAGAUGCCUGGGUUCUCUGGAAGGAGUGGUGUUUACAUCAGCCCCGUCGAUGGAAGGGCCUCAUUCGAAAUGCCCAAGCCCAAGCAAUCAGACAGGAGCAUUGGUUGUCCUCUGAGCGACACCAUUCAGGGCUCAUCUGUCGACAAUUGCGGCAAGCAGGGGCCUUCCUGCCGUCCGAUGCUCCUAGCCUGGCUAAUCAGCAGCACUUUUGUGCCCCGUGUCUCAAGAGGUUUGCUACGUACCAGGCCUGGUCCGUCCAUGCCUUUAAAUCUCACGGACACACUGCCGAACAUCGUCAGGUACAAGGCGGCACUCAGUGUCAGGCAUGCCUCCGACACUUUACCACUCAUAUCCGCCUUUGUCGGCACCUGCAGUAUAAUCCCCUCUGUCGCUCUAAGCUUCGGGAGGCAGGAUAUGGCUGCAGGGUUGAACCAGGGGUGGGCAAUAAGCGUGCCCCGGAUGAGGGGAAAUUCCAGGCGCCUUCCUUGCAAGCUCAGGGACCUCUUCUCCCUUUGCUCGGAUUUGGGUGGGCUGAGUAUCUUGAUAGGCCGGCCAUUGAGGUCCUCGAAUGCCUCAGCCACAUUUCCUUUGGACUUGGGGAGAGCCCGCCUGAGGCCCACGUUGCAUGGGAGAGGGCUCGCGCUGCCUUCUCGUCUGUUUGCCUCCCCAUCCGCAAGAUUAGGGCCACCGCGAGGGAAUGGGCCUCUAUCGUGGGGGGUGCCCCUACGGCAGAUGUCUUCCCGGCAGGCACACUCCUGCAUAUCGCCCAAUGGAUUCUUACUGCAGACCUUGCCGACUGGUUGGUUCCCCAGCCUGUUGGCGGCUCCCGGCAGGUCUGCACAUUCAGGGAUGUUGAGGAGGUUUUGCCAGAGCUACAGGUUGCGCAUUUGCCACAUCCCACUCUGGACUUCUCCCCUGAUUGGACUCUUGUGAGGAUCGGGGCUCCGGGAUGGUUGGCAGCCAGGGGACCUGCUGUUGCGUCUUCUGUUGACUUCACGCAUGAGGAGUGCCUUCAGGCGUUUGAGGAAGGUGGCCUCCCCUCCUUCAUGGAGGACGUGAGCAAUGAUGCUGUGUUCGUCAUUUCAGUCUGCGGCCUCCCCAUGUGGAAUGAUUGCCCCAUCUCACCAGUCCGACAAAAGACUUUUGGUUCUCAGUUGACCAAAGCGCUCCUUGCCGGUGACUUGCUCAGAUUCGCCCUCCGCCUCUGGCUCCUGGGCGUCCCUGCAGCCCUUUGCACAGAUCGGCAUGAAGCGGUACCCGCUCCAGUCAUGUCCCUCCCUUUCCUUGACUCUCCUAAGGUAGGAUGGGGGACGGUCUGGUGCACUAAGGCCUUCGACUGGGAGCCUUUCUUGUUUCACCUCAUUAAUUAA